CUUUUCGCUCGCUGCUCCUUUCUUCUCGACCAAUAUCGUCGUUCACCUUGAAUUUCAGACAUAAGACGACGCUACCGACACUUCCUGCUGGCAUGGAAGGCCCCGCAGCAGACAGAGACAUCCGUGAAUGGGACGAGUCCGAUGUUCAUGCUUGGCUCUCAGUUCUGGGAUACCCUCAAUAUGAGAAUCAGAUACGGGAACACAAGAUUCGGGGGGAUGCCUUGUGUCUAAUGAACGCCGAUGACCUCAAGUCUCUCGGAAUCUCGUCAAUAGGGCAGCGAUUGUCGAUUCUGAAGGCCAUUUAUCAGGUCAAGGUCGCACAUUCGGUCCCUAUAGAAGAAGACCACUACAUUCCGCCUUCUGAACUCGCAGAGAUGACGGAAACGGUCACAAUCCACAAACUGCAUACUCUAGUGAAGGAGCAAGGCCAGCGACUACGGACCCUUGAGGAAGAGAAUCGUUCCCUCAAUACCAUUUUACAAACAUUUAUCGACGAAUUCAACGGAGUUCGGUCAUCGCUGAACGGACAGGACGAGGGGCCUUCUAUUCGAAGACAGCAUUCCUUCAAAUGGGCUAAUUUCGAUAAACCCCAGAAAUCCCCCACGAGACCAGAAGCUCUCGAGUCUCCUCAUGCUUCGCCCCGUCGUGCUGAACAUGACAUGUCGAGAUUACCGGGCCCUCCCGCUCGUGUUACACCACCUGCUGUCGAGAAGCCUCGCCCACCGCACCUGAAUCUCCAAGAGUCCAAUGACCAACCUGCGGCACCCAAGGCUUCCCGUCAGGAAAGUUCUGACAAUCUCAAGGGUUUCAAGGUCACGCUCGAGGAUCCCACUUGGAAGGUUCUUCCGGCGGCACUGAAAAAGUACCGCAUCAACAACGAUACAUGGCAAAACUACGCCAUGUUCAUUUGCUAUGGUUCACCGGGCAACCGUAUCGAGCGAUGUUUGAGCUAUGAUGAAAAACCCUUACUUCUUUUCCAAAAGCUGAAAGAUGCGAAGAAGAAUCCUGUGUUCAUGCUCAAGCAUAUCAAAGAUAUCCGUUCGCCAAUCGCCGUGGCCCAACAAAAACACGCCGCCCGCAAAGCUUCAUCAGUCAUCUCAACGGAUACAUCUGUUACAACUGCAACGCACGGUCAUCAAAAGGCGCCCUCGCAAUCACGUACUAACCACAAACCACCGAGGCUGGAAGUACCUGAUCAUUCCGCUCCGGCCAUGACGCCUGGUUUGCCAUCGACGACUUUGAGCCCACAGCCCGGGUGGCCCGAUAAUGGAAUGGUCUCCCCAGGCAUUGACAAUUCACGCGACGAAUCUACUCUCACCCCCGCGUCGGCUUCGACCCUCGUCGCACAAAUGUCGAAUGCCAGUAGUAGCACGCUCGCACCCUCGAACUCGGGCAACACUGACGCUGGAAAGCAACGAGUUGGCUCUGACGAACCAGCAACGCCAAUUACAAGGGAAGCCCUGCCUAAUCCCAACGGAAUAUCCUACGCCGUCGCCAUCUAUCCCUAUAUGGCCGAGCAAGAUGACGAGUUUGAUGUCGUGGUUGGCGAUACAUUCAUUAUCUUGUCGCGGGCUAAAGGAUGGUGGGUAGUGCAACGGGAUCCCAGCGGGUCUGGAAUUGUGGACACGGAUAUCGUGAAGCAAGGAUGGGUCCCUGCGGGGUGCCUGCUCGAGACCAGGGUUCCUGUUGCGUCUGCCAUUGCCGAGGCUGCUGCAAAGGGAGGAUCCGGCUCGAAGACACCCAUCUUGCCAUUGAGUAUUAUUUCGACCAGCUUCCCUGGUAUCGCUUUGAUGGACUACAAGAAGAAGGGCGAAGAAGAGUUGGAUCUUAAUAAAGACGACCUCCUCCGGGUAUUCAAGAGGUACAACCAUUGGUCAUAUGCUGUCAAGGAAGAUGGCGGCGACCGCGGCUGGGUUCCUUCCUGGUUCAUUGGAAAAGUCACCCCGUCUGGACCUGUACCAUCCACACCCAACACCGGCAUGUCAAGUCUCGGUUCCACGUCCAUGGAUGAAAUCGGACAAAACCAAGUCUCGCCGAUGUCCUCAGCUUUCCCUCCAGUCCAAUCGCAGUCGCGCUCGUGA